GUCCGUACUCCUCAUCUCCUGGUACAUAUGGGGGGCCCCCUGGUGGCGGAGGUCCUCCAGGAACACCGAUAAUGCCAAGUCCAGCAGAUUCCACAAAUUCCAGUGACAACAUGUACACAAUGAUUAAUCCCGUUCCACCUGGAGGAAGCCGGUCAAAUUUCCCACUGGGGCCUGGCUCUGAAGGUCCCAUGGGUGGAAUGGGCGGAAUUGAGCCACUUCAUAUGAAUGGAUCAUUAGGAUCAGGCGAUAUGGACGGGAUCCCUAAGAAUUCUCCCAACAACAUGAGCAGCAUUACCAAUCCUCCAGGCACUCCAAGGGAUGAUGGUGAAUUAGGAGGCAAUUUUCUUCACUCCUUCCAAAAUGAUAACUAUUCCCCCAGCAUGACGAUGAGCGUGUGAUUUUUCCCCUUCCCCCUUCUCCAGGAUCAGAAUGAUGAGACAGCUGCCCUUUGGAAGAUUAAAGAACGUAUGUAAGAAGCAGUUCAACAUGUUGACGAGGAACUGGGGGCAAAACCCCAAUUUUGAGUUUCACACAAGAAAAAAGCUGAACUUCUUUAAUUCCAUAAACAUGAAGGACAACAAAAAAGAAUCAAGACAUAAAACCCUUCUCCUGGAAGGACUGUACGUUACACAUCGCAUCUUUUUGAAGCAAAGACAAAAAUGUAAACGCCUCUAGCACCCGAACAGACCUCUUCCGCUUCAUCCCCUGAACCCAUGUAUCUUUGUGCUGAACUGAAUAUGGCGCUAGUCUAGGUAUAAGAUCCGAUGUUGUCCAUAUUGUAGCCAUUUUAACUGGGACGUUUACACAAUGUGGUUUACUUUCGAAGGCCUAUUAUUUGGUGGCACAGAUUAUUUUUUUUCUUGCUUCUGUGAGACUUCCCCCACCAGGUGCAAGGUGUUAAUCAGUUGUUGUUCCAUACCUGUGUAACUGAACGAUGAUAUGCCCAGUGGGUUCCAGUUUGAGAGGAGCGUACAUCUUUUCCCCCCAAAUCUCAUUAUUCUCUAACCUCCCGAAACCCAACCCAACCCCCACCCCCUGCGCCCACACGUAUGUGCAUACCUCAAAUCUGGAUUGCUUCAUUCCUCUCUUGCUUUAUUGAUCCAGAGGAAAACUCCACACGUAAGAAAGAGACAACUACAGACGUGAUUGAAAUAGAGGACAAUAAACAGUUUUAAUGGCACUGCAAUGGUGCUGGGAUCUCUGUACAAUUACACACUACCUGUAGAUGGUCUUUUGUUUAAACCCACUUCUAUACAAUGUGUAUCAAGUUAUGUAAAAUAUUAUCUUGCCUGGACAACCCUUGUGCUGAUUCUUGAUAACAUUGUAGCUGUUCUGUGUUUCUUACCUUGUAGUCUGGUUAUAAAAAAGAUAAAAAUCUACGAUGUAGUUUUGUGUUCAAUAUUUGUUGCUAAUGUUUUAUUGAGGGAUGUUUUUUCUGCAACCCUUUACAGAGUUUUCAGGAACGUCAACUGUGUUAUUGUGCUGACUGCAGGUUAUGGGAUGUUAACAUACUUUGUUUUU